GCACCCUGUACUGGUUUGAAGAAACAUCUACCAGGUAAGCUUUUUGUCUGCGAAGCGCUGAGAUGAUGCUCUGGAAUCGCUUUGGGUUCGUGGCUCUGUUGAUGGCUCUCUCCGGCCCGAAGCCGUCCGAGACAGUACCAACCCAACGCCUCUGUGGCUCUCACCUGGUGGACGCUCUGUACUUUGUGUGCGGAGAAAGGGGCUUCUUCUACUCACCCAAACAGAUAAGGGACGUGGGGCCGCUUUCGGCAUUCCGAGACCUAGAGCCCCCGCUGGAUACUGAGAUGGAGGACAGGUUUCCCCACCGGCAGCAGUUGGCUGGGAGUAAAAUGAAGCGAGGAAUCGUCGAGCAAUGCUGCCAUAACACGUGCUCCCUGGUGAACCUCGAGGGCUACUGUAACUAACAGACAUGCCAAUCGCUGGCACUGAGCAGCGUUCAUUCCCAACAACAAGGCAGUCCCUGUCCCUGGGACGAUG